AUGGUUUACGCUGCUGAAGAUGUGUCGAAACAUGAGCAUCUAGCCAGCGUCGGCAAAACGCUGCUGUUAGAUGAGCAACUUCUUGGCGGUUUAUAUUCAUCGGAUCGGUUGCGAUCGAUAAAUACUAGAAACAGCAUUCCACAUCCAGAAGCAUCUCAAGAAGAUACCGAACAGCAAGAACUAAAAGAGGAAAUAAAAGCAUCGUUUCGAGAACUGGACUUCCAAUAUAAGGGAACAGCAAUGUAUGCAAGGCCUAUGAUAUCCAGAAUAAGGCUGUUCAAAGAGAACCCAAAAUGCACGAAGGAAAGCCCCCAUGGGAAACAAGACUGGCAAGCUAAAAUAACAAGUUUCAGAAAAGAAAUUGGAGUACUUGAGAAUUACCUAAAUGGUGGAACACUUAGUAAAAAGGCAGAAAAGAAAGCAAAAGCCUACGCCAGAAAAGCAAAGAUCAUAAUUUCAGAGACAACUAAUAAACAGGACCUCAAAAAACAUGUCGAAAUUUUAAAACAAAAAAUUGCAGCCCUUGGCAACCGACUCCGCAGAUAUCAUAAGAGAAUACUUAGAUUCCAACAAAAUCGACUCUUUUCCACCAACCAAAGACUAUUCUAUAGCAAUAUCGGAAGCGACAGAGAAACACCCAAACAACCACCAACAGAACAGCAGAUGACGGAAUUUUGGUCAAACAUAUGGUCUCAGGAGGUACAACAUAAUAGCCAAGCCUACUGGAUAAACACUGAAAAAGAAAGUUUUGAAAAUAGAACACAGAUGCCCGAUGUGUCCAUCACAAGAGGAGACAUAGACGAAACGGUUAAACGCCUUAGAAACUGGACUGCCCCUGGCGUUGAUGGAAUUUGCAAUUACUGGUGGAAGGCUAUGUCAACAGCUCAUAAUCAAUUGGCACUACAUAUACAGGAAAUCAUCCAAAAUCCUGAAAAAGCACCAAAAUAUUUUACAAUGGGCAUAACUUACAUGCUGCCCAAGAAAGGUGAUUUAACUCAACCACAGAAUUAUAGACCUAUCACGUGCCUGCCGUCUGUAUACAAGAUCCUGACCUCCGUAAUCGGGUUUAAAAUAAGCACUCAUAUUCGUAAUAACAGAAUUUUAGCCUGGGAGCAGAAUGGCUGCAAGAAGAAAGCCCGAGGUUGUAAAGAACUAUUGGUGAUUGAUAAUGUUGUCACGAAGCAGGCCAGAAGAAGACUCAAAAAUAUAUCGAUGUGCUGGAUUGACUACCAGAAAGCUUAUGACUCCGUGCCGCACUCCUGGCUUGUUGAGAUUCUUCGCAUAUACAAAAUCAGUCCUGACAUAAUACACCUUUGGGAACAUCUCAUGGGAACCUGGCGAACCACCCUGUCAGUAAAAGGAACGAAGUCAUAUCGAACGAAGGAGAUAAGUAUAAAACGAGGCAUCUUCCAGGGAGACAACUGGAGCACGGAGUGGUUUUGUCUUGCACUAAACCCACUAAGUAACAUACUCAAUCGCAGCAAUUAUGGAUACAGAAUAGACGAUUAUGCUAAGCUCACUCACCUGUUUUAUGUGGACGACUUGAAGCUCUAUGCUAGAGGAACUGCACAACUACAAGGUGAACUUGAACUGGUGAGAAAUUUCAGCGCGGAUAUAAAAAUGAAGUUUGGCCUCGAGAAAUGCUCGGUUGUGCACGUGAAGAGAGGGAAAAUGGCGGAGGAGGGUGACAUGGAACUGAUUAACGGUACAAGCAUACGUAGUCUGGGUCUGGAGAACACCUACAAAUACCUAGGAAUUCAACAGUCAUUUGAGAUCAGACAGAAACGCAGUAUGGAGGUAGCUGAAGAGGAAUUCAAAAAACGAAUCAACAAAGUUCUCAAAACUGAGCUCAAUGCUAAGAACAAGAUUACUGCCAUAAACAUGUGGGCAAUACCGGUUUUAACAUACACCUCCGGAAUACUUACCUGGUCAGCUACGGAACUGCGCCGAUUGGAUCAGUGGGUUCGCGUCAGUUUCACGAGGCAUGGCAUACUGCAUCCCAAUUCAGCAAUCGAGCGAUUAUAUCUCCCUCGAUCGGAGGGAGGUCGUGGAUUGUCCAGCUUGGAAGCUGCAACCGAGAAAGAAAUUAAAUCCCUAAGAAACUACUUCCUCUCGAGCAACUUACCGGUUCACAAAAGAGUGGUGUUAUGGGACAAAAAAUAUACUGCCCUCAAUUUAGCCAGCCCAGCAGAACCUGAAACAGAUGUAGAUCCACUAGGAAAUAUGAGAGAAAGAUGGCGUAGCAAAGUACUUCAUGGGAGAUUUCACGCUAGCAUUAAUCAGCCAGAAGUGGAUAAAACACGGUCUCAUACUUACCUCGUUGCUGGUUACCUAUACGCAAGCACUGAAGCAGCACUACACGCCAUUCAAGAUAAAGUAGUUACAACUAGGAACUACUCAAAAUACAUUAUGAAACAGCAAGUAGAAAACACGAAAUGUAGGAUCUGCAACCAAGUGGAGGAAACCGUACAGCACUUGUCGGGGGGUUGUACACCACUUGCAUCCACCAAAUACUUAGGGAGGCACAACAAUAUGGGCAAGGUGGUCCACCAGUUGCUCGGAUUGCGAUGGGGAUUAAUUGGGAACUUCACACCCCAGUAUAAAUACACACCGGUAGCGGUAGCAGAAAAUGAACAGGCCAAAAUCUUCUGGGACUUUCCCUUCGUGACGGACAGACCUCUAAAACACAACCGUCCAGAUCUUGUACUAUGGAUGAAACGGGAGGGGAUGGCUGUUAUAGUAGACUUCUCAGUGCCACUCGACCACAACAUAGCACAAGCUUAUGACAGCAAAAUCGUCAAAUACACAGAAUUAGCAAGAGAACUCAAAACAUUGUGGAAACUUGAGAGGCAGGUGAGGAUACUUCCUCUGGUCAUCAGCGGUAAUGGACUCGUGCACGUUAACACCACGAAACACCUGGCCGAGCUCCAACUUCCAGACAACACAUUACAAUGGAUGCAGAAGGCUGUAGUGUUGGGAACUGUGGCAAUUAUUAGGCAAAUUGUCUUUCCGCAGUGA